AUGGCAGCAAUGUACAGUGAUGUUUUGGAGCUGGGGCGUGAUGGUGGCAGCAGAGAUGACAAGGUGGAUGGGGUUGUGUUGUUGCGGAGCGACGCCUCGGAAUUCACCCCUGCCGAACUUGAGGCCUUGAGCCGGCUGAAUCUGAGUGACGUUCCGGCACCGAGUGCGAGCAGCGGCACCGUUGGCGGGAGUGGCGCUCACGAUGGCGCUUGCAAAAGCGGCAAGGGGAGGAGGUCGCGAAAUUUUUUUUCUCUUUUGAGUGGCGACCGCCGGGUCGGCUGUUGCUCCUUCAGGACCCUGCUUCCCCGUGCGGAGCUAGUGGGUGGCACCGACAGCAUGGCCGACGCGGUGCUCAGUCGGUCUCAGCUGCACGUGGAGGGUCGUGCACUGCGUGAUACUUCACUCGUGGGGUGUUUUUUGAAUUUGACACAUCUCUACAUGCAACACAACCACAUCGCCUCGCUCGAUGGUCUCUCCUUGCUGGCCCAACUCACCGUUCUUGUGCUGCACCACAACAACGUGGAGUCGCUGCGGCCACUGGCAGAGCUCGUUGCGUUACGUUUUAUUGAUGCCCGGUUUAACUCCAUCGCGACGCUGGAUCCGUCGCAGGAUCUUCCGAGGGAAUCGCUGCGGUAUCUCUCACUUCUGUCCAACCCAUGCUGCCGCAGUGAGUCCGCGGUGGCCACCGAGCGAGAUGCAUACAGGCGGAGUAUUAUGGAAUGCUGCCCGCAGCUCGAGGUACUUGACGACCUGCCGUGCCAAACACCUUCACCUUCCAGUGACGAGGACGACGCUGAGAGUUUGGAGGAAGCGGAAGCUGAGACGGAAGCUGAGUUGCAUCAACAAGGGAAAGCGACACCGACUCCGCCGUCGCCCGACGCACCGGGGCACCGUAGUCAUCUUCGCUCACGACUCAGUCGCCUGAUGAAAGUGAGUCGAACACCACCUCAGAAGUCGCUCUUGCCGUCGUCCGCCGUGGGGAAUUCACCCGGAUCGAACGAUGCCACAAUGACUACUCGUUUGUGUCAACAGUUUGAGCAUCGCUCUGGGAGCAUACGUAAACAGGCAUGCGACCAUGCGCUUACAAUGCCGUGCUCGGCUCAAGCUGGUUGGGCUGGCGGCCAUGCCGAGAGCAGUGAACGCGAUGGCGAAGAUGGAGAUGGGGAGAGGAAUUUGCUGCCGCUUCCACUAGUGCAGGAAAGGGAGACAAAGUCGCGGCUUUACGCAGACAUUCACUUUGCCUUGGGUAUGGCAAAUCUGCAGGCGCAGCAGGUGAUGGGAAACGUCUGGGAAGAUGUGGGAAAGGUGCUUCGCACGAGGCAGGCUCUGGUGAGUCAUCGCCGUGAGCGGAUAGAAUUGCAGCGAAAACAGCCCUCUAGCGCCUAUGCCGAAAGUCUCGCGUUGCUGCAAAAGGAACAGCACACUACAGAUUUGGAUAAAUACCGCAGAUGA